AUGGCUCGCACCAAGCACGAAGCGCGCAGGGCGCCCAACUCCAUCGGCGAAGCCAAACGCGACAUCGCGGCCUACUACGCAAAGCUUGUCCAGGACAAGAACACGCCCGCCCGUCGCCAUGCACUCGCGUACUCCUCGCUGCCUGAGGAGACGCCUAUCCCAGUCGGUUUCACUAGCCAGAUCGUCGAGGAAGCGCAGAAGCCACAGUGGCGGCGCGACCUUGAAAAGGCCAACCGUAUCACCGCCGCUUUGCAGGAGAACAAGGCCACUGACGAUGAACGGUGCUGGUUGAGAGUCUUCUUCGACCGCGAAGCCAAGGCAGAGCAAGAGAAGCUCGAGCAGGCGGCUGCGACUGAGGCAAAGAAGCAGCAGUGGGUCCUCGACGGACAACGUCGUCACCAGGGCAUCCUGUCCGCUGGCGGCGACCCUGUCUGGACUAGACGUCAUCUCAACAGGGCCUUUCUGGGCUACGGCGACAAGUCAGAUUCCGACUCUGACAGCGUCUUGAGUCCUUCUGAGAGCGACAUCGACGACCCCGACUCGGGUCGUAUUCGGGAAGAUGGCACUGUCGGUAGCGAAAAGACUCCUCGUGGUCCUACGUCGACUCCCACUCCUGAGGUAGUCGAGGAAGAAGUCAAGGCCAAGAUCACCGACGCCAUCUCGACCCUCACGUUCGAGAAGGCAUCAGACUGCCCUCUCUGGAUCGGCCACCUCGAAAAGCCGCUCCCACACCCCCACCUGACCCCCCUUCAGAACGAACACGUUCUGAAGCGUCUCUACCACGACGAGAUCGCGCGUCUGAGCGCCCUCCGCGACACCCGUGGCCCUCCCGCUGGACACCCUCCGGGCGGAGACUGGAUGUAUACAUCGCUUUACGGGCAGACGCAGCAGGUGAAGGAGGAGGCGGCUGGAAGUCAUCGGGCUGCUGCGAGAGGCUGGUGGACAUACAGUGUGGACGGUGAGGAUUUGGAGGAGGUUUGGGAGAAGUGGCCCAUUGGUCUUGACGGGCUCAGGAUAGGUUGGGCGAAGACCUACUGGAAGGAUGGCAGGCCGCCCGGAACGUGUUUGGUGCCGAACUGGUUGGAGAGGGAAUUGUGGGCGAUGUCCGAGGAGGAUGCGAUGGAAGGAGUUGAGUUUGAGUAG